AUGGACGCACCCCUCACAGGAUUCGACGAUGAAACAUAUCUACGAGGAACCCAGGUGUUCCUCGAUGCCCAAGCCGAAGCUGCCGUCCAAGGCGGCAGUCUCCGCAAUGCGGCAUUCUGGGUCGACUUCCACCAGGAAUUCCAUACGGCCUUUAUCCGACAACGGGGCGUUUCAAUUCGACCUGAAAAUGCUGCGAUUCGUCACAAUACCGAGGACUCGACUCCGCAGCAUUGGCACCUCGCCGGAAUCCUCCUUGCAGCCUUCGACCCGUAUAUUCCCGGUAUGGGCCCGAAGCAAAGGGCUGCGACCAUACGCCGAGAGGUCGAAAUUAAAGCGAAUCUUCCGGCUCUGCGGAAUCGCAUUGUCGAACGAGACAGCACCAGGAUUGAUCACGGCCUGUAUGGGUGUGUCCAUGUGCGGCGACCGAACAAUAGACCGAGUGGAGCAGGAAGCGUUGUUGGAUAUUUUGGUUAG